GUCGGAUAGUAUCGUCUUGAUUCUGUAUGUUGUUUAUAGGCGCGUGUGCGUUAUCUUUUAUUGAACGUGUAUCGAACUCGAUAUUCCUCAAUGAAAUGAACAUUCGUUUUCCGGUGGCGAGAAUUUAAUUCGUUAUUGUUUCCUUUAAAAUAAUUGAAAGUGACACAAUAACAUACAAUCAAGAAUAUUAAUUAUUUAACUCAUACAAAUAUCUUGAGGGCAGAAAAAAACGACACAAAGAAAUAUAAAUAGAACAACAAAUCAAAGUCAGUUUAAGUGUGAUAUUUUUGAUAUUUGCGCUCUGAUUAAUGUUUCGUUGCAACGGCAGCGAUAACAAAUAUAAUCGACAUGGACCAGUGUACUUAAUCUAGACAGGAAAGGAAACAUGAUGAAAAAGUAAAGGAAGUUUGCUUUCGCUGAAUUUGUUCAUUAUCAACACAUAUCAUCAAAUGUGCCUGUCAUAAAGGUGUUAAUAACUUGGUGGCUAAAUUAUGUCAAAUAUAAGUGUUAAUGUGACCGAUUAAAUGUAUAAUUUUUGAAUUGAAAGAUGAUUUAAAUGCCCGACACACAAGUGGGAGAAAAAUAAAAAAGCUCUGCAUACUUAAGAAAGAAGAAAUCAUCAUAAAAGGCCAAACGAUCCAAGAAAAAAAGUUAAGCGCGGUGAAAACUGAUGAAACCUUAAACAUAUUCUUUUCGUAUUGGAACAGUUGCAAGUGUUGCUUCGCACAGCUGGAAUUAUGGCAUAAUUAAAUCAAUAUUGUGUAUUUUUCUUGAAUCAUCUUCUGAUUACAAAAUCUUCCAAAUGACACAUACAUAUUCAAUUUGUUUUUUGUUCUUGAAUUCAUACCAACGAAACACAAACACACGUUGUCGACAAAUCUGGUGUUGUGAUUUAUGUAAAUCUUCUGGCUAUUUCGUUGCGAUGGUCUUUUCUUGUGGCCGUUACUAAUAUUUAUUAAAUUCACAUCGGAAACUUUAUCUCCAUAUUUUCGAGUGAGGGAACGUGUGAAUUUGAUUGGAAUCAAAAAGACAAAAUCAUAACCAAUAUAUCAUCCAAAAUAUAAAAACUUCAACAAAAGGAAAGAAAGACACUAAAUGUGAAAAGAUCCAACAAAAAUUGGUACUCGGUAGCACAUGCUGGUUUUUCGAACCGAGUUUGGAAUUUCAUUGUGAUGACAAACAUGAAUAAUCAGCUAAUUUUUUGUGUAGGAAUUUGAUGUAUAAAAAAUAUAUAUUUCAAACGGAAUUUAGAAAAUUACUCGCAACUCUGUGCAGAUGUCGAUUAACUUAGAUGCGCCGUGUUUGCAAGUUUGAAUAAUAAAAGGAUUGAAAUGAACAAGUGAUCAUUGCGCGAAGCUAAUAUGAAUAUUUUUACUUGGAAUUGAAUCAGCAUGUAUGAUAGCAAUUGCAGCGUUUAUGAGUGUGAUAACACAUAGUUCGAUGCAAAUAAUUUCAUUGGCGUUCAAUUAACGUGGCUUGUGUUUUGUGAGUUGUGAAUCUUUCGGCAAAAAAAUAGAACAAUAAAAUCAGUGCAAACAUUUGAACUAAAUAAAUUAGUGCAAAAGUGCAAAUCACACAUCUAAAUUAGGACGGAAACAAACACGAAACAUUCAAAAUGAGGAUUAGAAAUUUAAAAUUUGGUUCUUUAGUUGCCGCAUUUUUCCUGUUGCUGAGAAUACAAUAUGUAUCCACGGCGGGCAAUUUUGAGCUACAAAUCUUAGAAAUAUCAAAUACAAAUAGUCAUUUACAAUCUGGUUAUUGUUGCGGAGUGCCGUUAAGCAUACGAAGUACAAAAACGACCGGAUGUCCACAAUGUGCAACGGCAUUUCGGCUGUGUCUGAAGGAGUAUCAACAGAGUACCAUACAGACGCAACCAGGCGUGUUAAAUGGUUGUUCAUUCGGAAAUGUAACUAGUGAUAUUAUCGGAGGUUCUAGUUUUGUUCUCAGUGAUCUCGUAGCCAAGUCUGGAUCAUUGGUGCUGCCGUUUACAUUUCGUUGGACGAAAUCUUUUACGCUGAUACUCCAAGCGUUGGAUAUGUACAAUACUUCUUAUCCAGUAUCAGAACAACUGAUUGAUGAAGCUUCAUUUUCUGGCGUAAUUUUGCCAUCGUCUGAGUGGAAUACAUUGAAUUAUAUCGGUAAAAAUGCGCGGAUAACGUAUCGUGUUCGUGUACAAUGUUCUGAGAACUAUUUCAAUACAACAUGUACGACAUUUUGUCGAUCACGUAAUGAUCGUUUUGGUCAUUAUACCUGUGGAGAACGCGGAAAUAAGGUUUGCCUAAGCGGAUGGAAAGGUGCUAAUUGCGAAGAAGCUAUUUGUAAACGUGGUUGCCACGCAAACCAUGGAACAUGUUUGAUUCCAGGCGAAUGCACGUGUCGUUCGGGAUGGGAAGGACCGUUAUGUGAUCAAUGUAAAGUUUAUCCCGGAUGUAGACACGGCUACUGUAAUGGAACUGCUUGGAAAUGUGUUUGUGACACCAAUUGGGGUGGAAUUUUAUGUGAUCAAGAUCUAAACUAUUGUGGAACUCAUGAGCCUUGUUUGCACGGUGGAACGUGUGAGAAUAUUGCACCAGAUCGAUAUCGUUGCACGUGCACUGAAGGACUAUCGGGCGAUCGUUGUGAAAUCGUUGAACAUCCAUGUGCAACCCAACCAUGCAAAAAUGGUGGAACGUGUACCCUGAAGAAUCCAAUAAAGUAUGACAGUAGUAGCCGGAAAGAAGGCGAUAAGAUACUUGAACAAACGACAGCCGUUGUUGUUGUGCGAGGAAUGCGUGGCAUGAGUUCAAUGGGAAAACCAGUUAGUAUGCGACCAACUAGUGAAUCUAAUAGCGUCAUAUUGAACAACAAUGCAAAAAUGUCGUCUAUAUUAUCACCAACACCGCCUGUCAACGAGUUCACUUGUACAUGUGCCACAGGAUGGACUGGACCCACUUGCGAAAUAAAUAUUGAUGAGUGUUCUGGCGGUCCUUGUGAGCAUGGGGGAACCUGUAUCGACCUUGUUGGUGGUUUUCGUUGUGAAUGCCCCCCAGAAUGGACGGGUGAUGUAUGCGAUAUCGAUGUUAAUGAAUGCGAAUCAAAUACUUCGUCUGCAUUGGGUCCGUGCAUAAAUGCUGAAUCAUGUACGAAUACACCGGGCGCAUUUACGUGUACCUGUUUGGAAGGAUGGAGUGGUUUGACAUGCGCAAAAGAUAUUGAUGACUGUGUUGGUCAAUGCAAAAACGGUGCAACAUGCAUCGAUUUGGUAAACGAUUAUCAUUGUGCUUGCGCCAACGGUUUCACAGGACGAGAUUGUGAAACGGACAUUGAUGAAUGCGCCGUGAAUCCAUGCAGAAAUGGUGGCGAGUGUGUCAAUAUGAUUGCGAAAUUUAAAUGCAUUUGCCCAGUCGGAUACUCUGGAACACUGUGCGAGGUAUGUAAUCAUUUUUCUUUUCCAUAUUUCUUCUCUAGGUAUGUAGUUUUUUGUUUUGUUUCGCUUGUUCUGAUGUUGAACGAGUGAAAAAAUGCGACCCAUUGUUGAAU